CGACCGCGGCAGCUGCUGGAAUCUCGCGCCCUUCUUCUACCUCUCCGUCGUCGAACGCGUUACAACCAGGUGAGGACAACAGCAGCAGCUUUGGCAGUGGCAGUGGGAGUGACCUCAAUACUCCGUAUCAUCUGUCCAUCUCUCCAUCGCUUCCGGGGCUGUCAGCACUGGCAUCCGUUGCCUCUGCUCCGACUUCCCAGCUACGAGCCUCGAGCCAUGUCAACGCGAACCUGAGCAGCAGCAGCAACAUGACCUACGCAACCUCGUCGCCUGCAGCAACAACGGGCGGACAGGGCAACACUCCGCCCGUCUGCCAGAAUUGCGGCACAUCGACCACGCCUCUCUGGCGUCGGGACGAACUCGGUUCGGUUCUGUGCAAUGCCUGUGGUCUCUUUCUCAAACUCCAUGGAAGGCCCCGUCCGAUAAGCCUGAAGACCGAUGUGAUCAAGAGUCGCAACCGAGUCAAGACGGCCGGUCAGGGACCCAAGCGCAAGUCUGCUGGAGGUCUCGAUGCGAACGGCCUGAAUGCUUCAAGAUCGGAGGCUGGCACGCCUCCCUUGGGGUCGCAUGGCUACCGUCGCGCCUCGCGAAAGACGUCACCCGGCCCUUCGGAUCGUUCCAAUUCUCCCGUGUCACGGACCAACACACCUGGGAUCCCUUCCCUGCAACAUCAUAACUCCAACAUUGCUCCGCAACACAUGUUCGAUAGUGUUACUCUGGGAGAAAAUGGGUUCCACCAAUCGAACACCCUGCCGGCCCUGCAGCUGAGGCAGCCGUCUCCAGGCUCAACCUCUUCUGUCGUCGACCGCCAUAUGGAAGCACCACAGACGUAUGAGAGUCUCCUUGCUGCCAACACGUCGCUAAAGACGCGCGUGAGCGAGUUGGAGGUCAUCAACGAGCUCUUCCGUGGUCGCGUCGCGGAACUCGAACAGAGUGAUGCGACGGCGCGGCGGUCAGAGAUGAUCGUGCGCGACUCUGAAGUGCGCCUCCGACAAUCGUUGGAAGAUGCGCAGCGACGGGAAGAUGACCUCAAGCGCCGUAUAAGCGAACUGGAACACCAGUUGCAUGAGCGUGCCAGUUUCAUGGCCGCUCCAAACAGUUACAGCACUAGCAAUGGCUCUGGUGAGCCGAUGACCAAGAAGAUCAGACUGUCAGAUGUAGUGGACUACCCUUCUGCUUCCCCAACCAGGUCUCCGAAGACUGUGUAGCUCCUUUUCAGAGGAUGAUUGAUCGACUUGACUGGGUAUCAAGUCCUCAUCCUUACGACAACGAAACACAUCCUUUUUCUGUCUCACUUC